AUGUAAUAGUAAUGGACGCUUGUGGCAUGUAUAAUCGCCCUUCCUGUGGCGGUAGCGUUGCUGAAUAUACAAAACGUGAAUUUCUCAUUUCAAUAAUUUUUGUCGUAUUGAUGUGCAAUAACUUUAGGUGACUUCAGUGUUAUAAUGGAUGAGUAAAACGGCUUCGCACAGGAUUUCACUAUAGUUGAAGAAUUGGUCUAAUUUGAGCCAUUAGUGAACUAGAUCCGACGAAUAGUUGCUCGCCAACCGUUCAUCAAGUCCAACAGAUUCGUCCGAACAUUUUAUCUGCUCAUAGUCAUUCCAUAGUCAUCAAAUGUGUAUCAAAUGAUUUCUUUAUUCGUGUGUGUUUGCUGGUUUGAAUGAGCGGACGAUUGCUGCUCUGCCCUGUCAUUGUCUAAUCAGGGAUCUUGUAACGCCUGUAUAAACAUAAUGCUCGAUUUCGUGCUAGAGACAUGAUAUAUCUGGUGGCUUAUUUAGUAAACUAAGUUUCUAGCGUAAAAGCUUUGUAUAAACGCUUGUCACGUUUUAAAUUUCGAUUCAAUUUAACCAACUGAAUUUUUCAUGAUAUAAGGUAUUGUAAGUACUUAGUGCUGUAUAUUGAUUCUAAAUGGGCUCUGUUUAUUUCGAACGGUGCUUAUGACAUAACAGUUGUGCUGACUGUGGGAACCUGAGUACGUAAAGGUUGGCUAGCUCGUGAUCAUUAAAUAUAGGCAAUUGCUUCAGUGGAAAUACCAAAGGCUGGUGAAAUGGUCGAAUUUUGAAAUAGUGGAGUUUGAUUGACUGACCACUCUUCUAAACGAGUUUAAGGUCUGACUGCAAACCGAUUUCCUGAAAGUAAAAUUUCGAAAUACACUUAUCUUCCAAUAAUCUUUUCGUCACAUAGGAACUUCGAUUCUUGUUUUACUGAACGGAGGUAGCGUGACCUGGGAAGCUAAUAGGCAUUUUUUGAGCGCGUUACCAUGGCAAUUAUAGGUAUGCAGCUAUCAAUCGCAAAGUUUCGCCAUUUGAUUUUGUUGAAGAAACCCUAGAUUAUUCCAGAGGAACCUACCCCGACGAAACUUCCUAAUGGAGCCAAGACCUUGACGCUGUAUCAAAGAGUCACCACUGUUACCCGUGCACAGCCAAAAUCUUAUACGUUCAUCUAUGGCCGAGUGUUAAGAUGCAUCCUAUACGUCCAAACCCCAAUAUGUUAGAAAUAAACUCGAUGCCGUUUCAACCACGGAUUAUUUGGACGUCACGAGAACGGGUACGGAUACUACCCCAAAAUGUAUCAGGGAGGCCAUCGAACAGUAUUUACGGCACACUUGCUAGACCAAUGUCGAACAUGGGUCCUGGAGGCGGUAUGGGCGCUGGCCCAGGAAUGGCACCUCAGGGUGGAAUGGUCGCGCAGGGCGGUAUAGGUCCACAGGGUGGAAUGGGACCCCAGGGUGGCAUGGUAUCUCAGGGUGGCAUAGGACCUCAAGGCGGUAUAAUCCCCCAAGGAGGAAUGGUUCCUCAGGGUGGCAUGGGACCUCAAAGCGGUUUGGGUCCGCAGGGUGGCAUGGGACCUCAAGGAGGUAUGGUUUCCCAGAGUGGUAUGGUACCGCAGGGCGGCAUGGGCCCACAAGGAAAUAUGGGGCCUCAAGGAAACAUGAACCCUCAAGGCAAUAUGGGACCACAAGGAGGAAUCAUGGGCGGAAUGCAACCACAACAGGGUCCAUCUAUGGGCUCACAGCAAGGAGGCAUGCCACAGGGAGCAGCAGCUGGAAUGGGAGGUUCCAUGGCUCCAAUGGGUCCUGGUGGAUCAGUAACGAGUAAUAUAGGUGGUCCAGGUAUGGGAAACGUAGGAGGAAUGCCUGGCCCAGGCGGCCCGCAUCCACCAGGCUCUAUGAUGGGACCGGGAGGCCCCGGUUCUCAACAGGGACCUCAACCUCCAGGCCCGCCUGGGCCACCAGCUGGCGCUGCUCAGUCAACACAAUCCAAUCAGCAGGAACAGCAACGCUACGAUAACGUCGUCAAAGUACGCAUGCUAGUCGGUUCGUUGAAGGACUCGUUAUCUGAAGUUGUACGUGUGGCCGCAAUGAACAUCUAUCACACGGCAGCAGUUGACAAUGGCGUUCGGGCGUCAUCGGAAGGGCCCCCACCAAGAUUGGAUAAAGCACUUGAAGAAUUCUACUCCAUCUGCAACCAAAUCGAACUCAACCUUAAAACCAUACAAGAAUGCGUACUGCAGUUCCGUGACUCACAGCAGUACCUACCUAUCCCCGUGCAGGGGGCCAAAACGGACUCUUCUUCACAUCCUGAGAAUGCGCUGUCAUAUGGCCAGUACAUUGCUACCAUAGGCGCGCAAGUGGCGUUUGCAAAACAGGUGCAAGAGAUUUUGGCGGACAGCGCUAACAGAAUGCAGCAGCAGCAACAGCAAGUGCAGCCGAUGUUCCACUGACAACCCGCCCAUACGUUGUCAUCGGCAGUACUUGAUCCGCCUUCACCGAUUUAGCCGCACAUAACUCGCGUUCAUUCGGCGGCGUGUGUUGUUAUAGGUUUGUAUUAUAACCGGCGUUAAUAAUUAGUCCGUAAGAGAUGACGUUCGGACAAACUUCCGUAUUAUGCUUGAAUAAAAAUAACAAUAUUUGACGGAUUACAUAUUA